GACAACACAUCAAAGCUGAAGGGUCUCAUCCCUGAUUGGGUAAAUCGGGAAUUCAAGCCCAAUCCCCCAGUCAACCACAGGGAUAGACAUUGUUGCGAAUUCAUCAAUGAUACAUGUGGUAAAUUACUUUGCCCAACUGGAAUGGAUUGGAGUAAUCCAGUCAUCAGAGCAGGAAUUAGGGACCAUACAGAUGGCCAUGUGGUGACAGAAAUGUCCUGGCCAGUGUUCCUCUAUGAUGGAUAUAUCCUGAUAUGGACAGCCUGGGGGAGGGUCUAUUCAAAAGCAAGCUAUUAA